UAUCAAACAAAGCUAAGAUCUGCUCAAAAAUUAAGUUUGUAAAAUAAUAGUAAAAGUACACUUUAAUUCAUUAAGAAGAUGUAUUUCAAGUUGUUAAAACGUGCUGCAACUGUCAGCUGCUAUUCUCUUGGUGGAUUAUCAUUGUAUUAUCUAGUAAAUAUUGAAAAGAGCAAAAUUGUACAAAACUCAUGGACAUCUGACUUCACUCCGUCAUUAAAAUGGGAUUCUAAUUGGGAUCAUCGUGCAUGUACAGCAUUAGUGAAACCGUUGGCUGAAAAUGCAAGUGCAGAGAGACAGAAUGAGCAUAACGAAAAGUUGGAUAAACAUCGUGCUAAGGCAAUAAGGCAUAUCAUAUUGAUUCGUCAUGGUCAAUACAAUAUUCAUGGAAUUACUGAUAAGGAGAGAGUCCUCACCGAAUUAGGACGUGCUCAGGCUAAAUUAACAGGCGAUCGACUUAAAGAAUUGGAAUUUCCAAUUUCAGAUGUUGUUAUAUCCACAAUGACUCGCGCUCAGGAAACAGGAAAAUUAAUUUUAGGACAAUUAACCAAUCGAGAUAGCAUAAACGUACAAAAUUGUGGGAUGCUUGAAGAGGGUGCUGUAUAUCCGCCGGAACCAAAAAUAGAUUACUGGAAUCCAGAUGAGUCAGAGUUCUUCACUGAUAAUGCUCGUAUAGAAGCAGCAUUCCGCAAAUAUGUUCAUAGAGCCGCUCCAGAACAAAAGGAAGACUCGUAUACUGCAUUAGUUUGUCAUGGAAAUGUAAUUAGAUAUUUUGUAUGUAGAGCACUUCAGUUCCCACCUGAAGCAUGGCUAAGAAUGUCACUCCAUCAUGCAUCUAUUACAUGGCUAGUUAUUCAUCCAAGUGGACGUGUAGUUCUUCGCUUACUAGGCGAUUGUGGGCACAUGCCAAAGAAGAAUUUAUCAGUACAAUAAAAUGCAAUGCAUUGUGAAUUUAUUUCUUAAUUAAUUAUUAUAAAAUCAUCAGAAACGUAAAAAUACGGAUACAAUUAAUGUAUUUAAAAAAAUAAUUGGUUAUAGUAAAUUAGGAAAGAAAGUAUCUCUCUUGAAUUACAAAGAAAUCGAAAGAUAAUUAAUAAAUUUUUC